AUGCGGCCCCAACGGGAGUAUCAUAUUGUUGUGCUGGGAGCAGGUGGUGUAGGGAAGAGCUGCCUGACUGCCCAGUUCGUUCAGAAUGUCUGGAUUGAAAGCUACGAUCCAACGAUUGAGGACUCCUAUCGCAAACAGAUCGAAGUAGAUGGCCGACAAUGUAUACUCGAGAUUCUUGACACCGCUGGAACGGAACAAUUCACGGCUAUGAGAGAACUAUACAUGAAGCAAGGCCAAGGCUUCCUCCUCGUCUUCUCCAUCACAAGCAUGUCCUCCUUAAACGAGCUCUCCGAACUCCGCGAACAAAUCAUCCGCAUCAAAGACGACGAGAAAGUCCCCCUCGUGAUCGUCGGCAACAAAUCCGACCUCGAAGAAGACCGUGCCGUACCUCGCGCCCGCGCCUUCGGCCUCUCCCAGAAUUGGGGCAACGCCCCGUACUACGAGACUUCUGCCCGACGCCGCGCUAAUGUAAACGAAGUCUUUGUCGAUCUGUGUCGCCAGAUCAUCCGUAAGGACCUGCAAGGGCCGAGCGGGACCAACGAUAACUUUCGCAAGCGCGAGGGCCCAAGCAGGCAGGACCGGAAGAUUAAGCAGGGCCGUCGGCGGUCUCCAUGUGUCAUCCUUUGA